UCCGACCUCUGACGUUCGCUGGUCAGUGUGCGUGUAGCGGCUGUAGUUUUCUCACACGGUUAUUUAUAACAUACCGUAUAUAUUUAUUCAUUUUAUUGAAUCUUCGUCCUUAAUCAUGUCUACUCCUGCCAGACGGCGGCUCAUGAGGGAUUUCAAACGGCUCCAGGAGGAUCCUCCAGCUGGUGUGAGCGGAGCUCCAUCCGAGAACAACAUCAUGGUGUGGAACGCCGUCAUAUUCGGCCCUGAGGGAACCCCUUUUGAAGACGGGACGUUUAAGCUGACGGUGGAAUUUACAGAAGAAUAUCCCAACAAACCUCCGACAGUGAGAUUCAUCUCCAAGAUGUUCCACCCGAACGUGUACGCAGACGGAAGUAUCUGCCUGGACAUCCUUCAGAACCGCUGGAGUCCGACAUACGACGUGUCCUCCAUUCUGACCUCAAUUCAGUCUCUACUCGACGAGCCGAACCCAAACAGUCCGGCCAACAGCCAGGCGGCUCAGCUGUACCAGGAGAACAAGCGUGAGUACGAGAAGAGGGUGUCGGCCAUCGUGGAGCAGAGCUGGAGAGACAGCUGACCCCAAACACACACACACACUCGUGCUCUCUCCCUCCCUUCCUCCCUCUCUGACACUUCCCUUUUAAGGAAGCAAAACAAAUAUUUACUCCUCCUGGGAUCGUUUUUUUUUAUGCACUUUAUGGAUCACACAGAAUCGUGAUUUUUGUGUUUCUCGUGCACGAUCAAGUCUGAAAACCCUGCACGUCUCAAUUCCUCACACACACACACACACACACACCUCAUUCCCAUUAUAAUCUGAUCAGGAGUUUAAACAUCAGUGUUUCAGGAUGAGAUAUAUUAUAUCAAAAUUAUAUAUAUAUAGGUUUUUUUAUUGGUAGUGUUCACUAUUCUGUGCAUGCACGAGAGAGAGAGAGUGUGUGUGUGUGUGUGUGUGUGUGUGUGUGUGUGCUCCAGCAAGCUUGUAUAUAAGACACAUAAUGGAUUAUAUAUGUACAGAUUUUGCACUGGAUGUCAGUCUUUUUUCCCCCCUGCAGUUGUAAAUAAUGGAAAUAAAAAAGGAAAAGAAA